AACUAAUUUACUGGAAAAAGUUCAAAAUUUUGAUAUCCCUCCAUAUUCCAUAUUCUCUGUUUGAGUUUAACUGAAAAAAGCUUGUUUUAGCUCCAAAAUCAACUUCAAAACCUCGUAUUAGUACCAGAAACUCGAAGUUUUCCCGAGUUUGAAGUUAAAAGAAGUUUAAGUUUUAACUAUGGAGUCAAGAGAAGCUGUUACUAAUACUAAUACUAAUACCACAACUACUACUACGGCCACUACUGGGGUAACGGUGGUAGGAUCUGAUGCUCCAUCAGACUACCACAUAGCUCCAAGGUCUGAAAACUCGACCCAAAACCCUAGCUCGAAUCCUGGCUCAGAUCCGCCGCAGAUUCCUCCACAACUGGCGUCGCAAUCAGUCCUUCAAACGCUGGCGGUGGCGGGGAUGCCGCUGAAGAAGAAGAGGGGAAGACCUAGGAAAUAUGGACCGGAUGGUUCAGUCACUAUGGCGCUCUCUCCAAAGCCGAUAUCAACGGCUGCGCCACCCCCUGUGAUCGACUUCUCAGUUGGCAAGAGAGGGAAAGUGAAGUCUCCGACGUCGUUUCCGAAGGCUAAGUUCGAGCUGGAGAAUAUAGGUGAAUGGGUUGCAUGCUCUGUUGGGGCUAAUUUUACACCACAUUUCAUCACUGUUAAUUCUGGUGAGGAUGUCACGAUGAAGAUUAUAUCAUUUUCUCAACAAGGGCCUCGAGCUAUAUGCAUUCUCUCUGCAAAUGGUGUGAUCUCAAGUGUCACUCUUCGUCAACCCGAUUCCUCUGGGGGUACACUGACAUAUGAGGGUCGAUUUGAGAUACUGUCCUUGUCUGGUUCAUUCAUGCCCAAUGACACUGGUGCAACAAGAAGCAGAUCUGGUGGGAUGAGUGUUUCAUUAGCAAGUCCAGAUGGACGUGUUGUAGGUGGUGGAGUUGCUGGUCUCCUAGUAGCUGCUGGCCCUGUGCAGGUUGUAGUGGGCAGUUUUCUAGCAGGGAACCAGCAUGAGCCGAAGCCUAAGAAACAGAAGCACAAGUCGUAUUCAGUUGCCGCACCAGUGGCUGCUAUUCCCGUUUCUAGUGCUGAUCCGAAAUCGAACAUCACUACAUCCUUCCACAGUGAUAGUUGGUCUCCUUUGCCUUCAGAUACAAGGAAUAAACCUACCGACAUUAAUGUAUCUGUGCCUGGAAGUUAAAUCUAAACUUCCCGACAUUAUUUGCCAGUACAAGUUUUCUGAUACUGACAGCACCGGCAAACAAACCACAAUAGAUGGAAAUCUCAUUCUCUCGUCGUCGUUGUUUCAUAUGUACCAUCAUGCUCAUUUUCACCUAGGGUUUAUUUAUUAAUUUUCACCACUAGCUUAGUUUGGUCAGCUGAUUAGAUUAGGCUUCUGCAGUUGUUGUGCCAUGUAGAAUAUUUUGAAUGUAACGUUUACUGAGAGAG